CCAUGGAAGCCCUUGCACUACUCUUCCUCACGACCAUCCUGGCAACUUCCCACGCUUCACACGUGGGAGAGGCAUUAAAACCUCUCCCAAUUCAUCUCCUCCGUCCACUCACCGGAUCGGGGGGCCACCAUGUCCAUGGUAUCUUAUGCACAAGCUGGAGGCUAGCGGUGGAGACUAACAAUAUCCGCAAUUGGACGACUGUCCCACUAUCGUGCGAGAAGUACGUGGGCCACUACAUGUUGGGUGAUCUAUACCGUAAGGACUCGAAGGUAGUUGCUGACGCGGCAGCGAUCUACGCCGCUAGUCUUAAGCUGAAAGGGGAUGGGAAGGACAUAUGGGUAUUCGACGUUGAUGAAACCGUGCUCUCUAAUCUACCAUACUUCGCUAAGCAUGGAUUUGGGGCAGAGCCGUUCAAUUCCACCCUAUCCAAUGAAUGGGUAGACCUCGGAAAAGCUCCUCCAUUGCCUGAGAGCCUGAAGCUAUAUAAGAAAUUACUCUCAUUGGGAAUUAAGGUUGUAUUUUUAACUGGAAGAAGAGAAGUAAAGAGAAAAAUUACUGAGAAGAAUCUUAAGAAUGCAGGCUUUCAUACUUGGGAGAAAGUCAUACUAAGAUUGCCUGAAGAAGAGGGAGCAGCCAUCGUAUUCAAAUCUAACAGGAGAAGGAUACUUGAAGACAAGGGCUAUAGAAUUGUUGGGAAUAUGGGAGAUCAAUGGAGUGAUAUUCUUGGAACCAAUGUGGGCCAGCGAACCUUUAAGGUCCCUGACCCUAUGUACUACAUCAGUUGAGCUAUGGUUUACUUUCCUUUCUUCCUUUCCUCUUAACUGUUCUGCAUGGUGUAUGUCCUUUGUUUUGAGGAUUGGCUCUAUGUAACAAAUAAGAAUAUCUAAGUGGCUUAUCAAAUGGAUGGAGAUGCAUGUUGUUUUAUUUUACAAAAC